AUGUUCAAAAAAGCCGUCAAGGACCAUCCUGGAGGGGCUUCUAAACCUCUCCAGUCUAAUUUCCUACGCGCAAACACUAUUGUUACUUCAAAAUCUGCGCCAUCUCCUCCCCAAACCUCCGGCGUCAAGCGCAAGAUCGAGACGAACAACGGCGUGGAGUCUUCGCUCGGUUCCCUCCACAGCUCUGUUUAUUUCGACGAAAACGACUUCGAUGAUGACCUCGACCUUGACAUCGACGAGCCUCUUCCGUUCACCGCACCGGCCGCUAGUAAGCCUACCAAUACAGACUCCGUCGCUUAUCCUACUAUCGACCUUACAACAUCGAGCGAUAGCAGCACGGUGCCUACCAAGGAAAUAAAACCGCAAGCAAACAUCACAUAUCCGGAUCUGCCGCCUGUAUCGCAGGAACGUGCUGCGCCGUCAAGCAGCGUCCAAAUCCCAUGGUCCUCUUCUCCUCCGUCUCAUUUCCAACCGCCCCCCAGACCGCGAACCCUGCCAUGGCUGAAGGAAGCCAAGGAAGAACCCGAACAAGAAAACAAAGAACUUCCCAGAUUUGUAACUCCGAAGCGCACAAAACCGUCAGAGCCCUGGAACAAGAGUGCGAGUGCGAUCAAGGAGGAACAGAAGGAACUGAGACGUGAAUACAGGAAGACUCAGAAAGGCGAUGAAGCCCCACAACCUCAGAGCGAAGAAAAAGUGGCAGGCAUAUUUCUGAGUGAUGAACAAAAAGCUGUUCUCGAUGCGGUUGUUGAACGUGGAAAGAGUAUCUUCUUCACCGGAUCGGCGGGUACCGGAAAGUCCGUUCUCAUGCGAGAGAUCAUCAAACACUUGCGCAGGAAAUACAAGCGCGAGCCAGACCGAGUAGCUGUGACAGCAUCCACGGGUCUCGCAGCAUGUAACAUCGAGGGUGUAACUCUUCACAGCUUCGCUGGUAUUGGUCUAGGCAAAGAGCCCGUGCCUGAAUUGGUGAAGAAGAUCAAGAAGAACCAGAAAGCACGGAACCGUUGGCUGCGCACAAAGGUUCUCGUCGUUGAUGAAGUUUCUAUGGUUGAUGGCGACCUCUUCGACAAACUCGAGGAAAUUGCCCGGCGCAUUCGGAACAACGGGAGACCAUUCGGAGGAAUCCAACUAGUCGUGACAGGCGACUUUUUCCAAUUGCCUCCUGUACCAGAUGGAAGUAACCGCGAGGCAAAGUUCGCAUUCUCCGCGGCUACCUGGAGUACUUCUAUCCAACACACCAUUCUUCUGACCCACGUGUUUCGUCAACGCGACCCCGAGUUUGCUGCGAUGCUCAAUGAGAUGCGGCUGGGCAACAUUAGCCCGUCGACAAUCGAAGCGUUCAGAAAGCUCUCCAGACCGCUCAACUUCCAUGACUCGCUUGACGCAACUGAAUUGUUUCCCACGCGCUCUGAGGUUGAGAAUGCCAAUUCCCAGCGGAUGCAUAGGCUCUCUGGCGAGCUGAUGACAUUUAACGCCAUUGAUACUGGUACCAUCCAGGAUCCCCAACAUCGUGAAAAACUUCUGUCAAAUUGCAUGGCCCCAGCAACUAUUCACCUCAAGAAAGGUGCUCAAGUGAUGCUUAUCAAAAACAUGGAAGACUCCCUCGUCAACGGAUCCAUUGGACGAGUAGUGGCCUUCAUGGACGAGUCGACGUUUGACUACUAUCGAGAUAAUGAAGGAGACUUUGCUGCAGGAGAUGGCAAUCCAGAUGAUGAUGAAGGACUCGCUCGUGCGAGGAAGAAGCUAAAGCCCAUGGCACACAAAGAAGGCGGCGUUACGGUUACACGAAAAUGGCCGUUGGUGUGCUUUGUGCAGCCCGAUGGCACAGAAAGACAUCUUCUCUGCCAGCCCGAGGCUUGGAAGAUUGAGCUUCCCAAUGGAGAAGUGCAAGCCCAGCGCCAACAGGUGCCUUUAAUUCUGGCAUGGGCUCUUUCAAUCCACAAGGCCCAAGGUCAAACUCUGCAGCGAGUUAAGGUUGACCUGGGCCGAGUCUUCGAGAAGGGUCAGGCUUAUGUAGCCCUGAGUCGAGCAACUUCUCAGGCCGGAUUACAAGUCACUCGAUUCGAGCCUCGAAAGGUUAUGGUCCAUCCUAGGGUUGUUGAUUUCUACAAUAACCUGGUUUCCAUCACGCAAGUUAUUAAACCCAAGAAAACUGGUGGGCUCGAUGAGUUUAUGAAUGGUAUAUAG